ACAGGGAAUCGAUUGUUGUAUGUACGACAAUGGCCAUGAAUAUUGACAAACUAUCGUUCUGCGAGACGGAAACACUCAUAUAAGCCAGGGAUAUUUCUGAUGCUACUGCCAUAUCCAAAGCGUCCCAAAGUCUCCCGGCCCAUUGUCGAGCCUCUGUCUACUACCAGAGCCAUCUCUCGUUCCUUUUGACUCUCCUGUAUCACUUGCCUUCGUUUCAAUAUCCAUAUACUUUAUCACUCCCUAUUGAUCAUGAGUCGCGGAACAGUUGCCAUCGCUGUCGUACAGCACCAAGUUAUGAUCAUACAACUUGUACAAGCUGCCUCAGAAUGCUCUCACAAUCGUCGCGAUCGAUGGCUGGAUGUAUACACUUAUACGCCAUUUGGCGACCACCUUUUUCUGGCUUCGUCCGUUCCUCAGGCACGCAUCGCCCCCUCAGACCUUCUUACCGUCUUUCCGUUCCGCACCGCCACUACGGACAUGAUUGAAUUGCCUGCACAGGCAUAUCAGGAGUAUCUCAAGCUCAAAGCCAAGCAUCAGAAGAAGCAGGAGAACUUGUGGCGUGCCUGGAAGGCCAGGUUGCACUAAAUAUGGUCCCCCCUACGAAAGACGUCAAUGUGUUUCGUACACCAUGAGCCAGGGAAGACCAGACGAAAUUGCUU